AUGUUUUCGUGUCACUUCCUGCUGCUCACCUGGGUGCUGCUCACCGCCAGAGUCCAGAGCCACAGCUGGAGACCCUGUACAGACCUGCUGCCUCUUGACCUUUUGUCCAAAGCCCUGCCCCCCCCAGGACAUGCCACGCCCACUCAGGUGCGGAUGGUUCAGUCCAAAGGUUCCAGAGGUCUCCGAUUGGCCAGCGCCGUGGCAGCACCUCUGAAUUUCCCCGCCUCCCAGAUCUUCACCAACUGUUACUACUUUCCCUCUGAGUUCUCAUUGGUUGCCACGGUGAAGAUUCAGACACUGAGACAGAAGACAAAUGAGUACAUCUUCUCUGUGGUGAGGGAGGGAUCUGAUUCGCUGUUGCUGGGGUUACGAGUGUCUAAGAACCGCCUCCACUUCUUGACCACAUCCCCUGGCCCUGGUGGGCGGAGCCGAAUGACUUUUAAGGACGUUGGAUUGGACAAUAACCGCUGGCACACAGUGGUGCUGGCUGUCACCGGGCCGUACGCCACGCUGACUGUCGACUGUGGACUUCCUCUGGAGCUUAAACAGGUCCAGCCCUUCCCCAGCCAUCUGAGCACCAGAGGGUCCCGGUUCUUCGUCGGCAGCAGGGGGCGGUGGAGGGGGCGCUUCUCCGGUUUACUGCGGCAGCUGGUGCUGCUACCCGGUUCGGACGCCACGCCCAGACUGUGUCCCUCGCCCGACCCCGCUCUGACUGAGCUGUCCAUCCCUCAGGUCCUGAAGACCACCCCCUUCCAGCCGGACCAGCAGGGACCAGUUUACACCUAUGAGGCCGAAGCCAGAGUGACUGUGGGAGAUCGUCCUCCCUGCUCGAGGCCGGAGCAGGGCCAGCUGUGGUUCAACGCUCAGGGGAAGGGUCUGUUCAUCUGUGACGGGCUGACCUGGAGGACGCUGCUGCAGAGUAAGCAGCGUCUGGAUUACGUGGAGGACUACCAGGACCUGUACACCCGCUCAGAGACCCUGGACGUCGAGGUCUUCUCCAUCCCGUCUGAGGGCCUGUUCAUGGCUGCAGCCAACAAGGACUCUCGGUCCGGCUCAGGUAUCUACAGGUGGACCAACGCCUCCUUCCAGCUCUACCAGAACAUCAGCACUCAGGAGGCUCGAUCCUGGAAACACUUCACCAUCGACGACAAGAUUUUUCUCGUGGUGGCGGCAAACUUCAGAGAGGCGGGGUCUGAGCGGUCUGUCAUCUAUCAGUGGCAUCGGCGGCGGCGGCGUUUCGUCCGUUAUCAGACUCUGGAGACUCACACUGCCCAGGACUGGGAGGCCUUUCGCAUUCACAACCACAGCUUCCUGGUCGUGGCCAAUCACAGACGAGAAAGAGACUCCAACCACAACAUCCACAGUGUGAUCUACAGGUGGAACCCCGACACAAAGCUAUUUGAGGUGAACCAGACUCUGCUGACGUCCGGAGCCUACGACUGGGAGUUCUUUACUGUGGGGCCGUACCACUUUUUGGUGGUGGCCAACACCUUUGACGGUCGAACCACCAUCAUCAGCUCCACCAUCUACGUCUGGCUGGACGGCUCCUUCCAGACCUUCCAGAGCAUCCAGAGGAUGAACUUGGGACAGCGCCCCCCUCAGGAUGUGUUUAGCUGGGGCAGUGCUGGUUACCUGUCCAGGUGGCAGGGUUACGAGGGCUUCGUUCCUGUCCACAGCCUGCCCACGUUCGGCUGCAGAGACUGGGAGGACUUCAGCACGGACGAAGGCUCCUUCCUCAUCUACUCCAGCGCCAAGUCCAGGCUCAGCAAGGUGUUCAAACUGAGGAACUACUGAGUGAAACCAUCCUGGAGAGACUCCUCUGAGGUCAUGUGAUCAUUCAGUGGACUGAACUUCCUGUGAGCUAAAUCCUGAGUUCAUCCUGAGGAGAACAUCAUUUAAAUCCAGCGAUAAAAACCCCAAAGAUUAAAGAUCCAUUUAUGCUGUUUGGACAUCAAGUCACAUUAAGCUCUGCUGACGAGGACAGUGCCUCUCUGACCCUGUGUGAUCCAUAAACCUCAGAAAUGAAUCAUCAGAUGACUCAAAAAUGAAAGUUGUCCAGUUUAAGUCAGCUGAUUACACUCAGAGAACCUCCCGUUUCACUGAAUCAUGGACGUGAAAACUUAAAAACAGACAGGUCUCAGCCUUCUUCAGAUUUUCCACCAAGUGCUCAAUAAGCACUCUAAACAAAAGAGCAUCAUUCACCUGGAUACACAAAUAUUUCCUUAAAUCUCCUCCUAAAGGAAAACACCAACGCUGAGAGAUCUCGGAGCGCUUACUGAAAAACCUCCAGUGACUCCUGCAGCUGAAACACAUCUCAGCACCGUGUCCUCUGCAUGAUGGCGCCUUUAACCGGAAACAUGUUCUCACAAUGUUAUUUAUACAAAAACAUGAAACGAGGCCUGAGAUGGGACCCUGCGGGACUCCCUCAGAGAGUCUGAGGAAACCGUUUCAUGUCACUGGGUUCAGUCGAUCAUCAGACAGAGCGGCACGCCACUGCUUCCUGUGACGCCCAUCUGUGUCUCUGGUCUGUCCGUGGACAGAUGUCAGAGACAGUUAUCGUAGGAGGUGGAGGUCCAGAUGUUCGUCCCAUCAGCUCUCCACAUGUUCAAGUGUUUUUCUCUGCUUUGUUCAGCAGUUUGUUUUCUACACUUUUGGUUCAUUCAGAGUCUUCACAUUUCAUUAAAUAUGAUGUUUUCUGACACUC